GAGUAACUUCUACCAAAUUCAAAAAAUUUCUAGCCAAGAUGGUCAUUUUCAUCAUUCUCUUUGCCAUCUGGACGUCUUUUGUUGGUGCAAUAGGAAAGUCAUUGCCGGUAGUGGAUCUGGGAUAUUCUGUUAAUCAAGCUACUGUUGAACCAUUGAGAAUACUACAAUUUCUCAAAUAUUCGGUAUGGAGAAGCUCCUGUUGGCCCACUAUGUUUUUCCAGACCAAUCCCACCACGGACUGCCAAUCGAACUAUAAAUACUGGCCAAGAAGCAAGAACAUGUUACCAAGCACAUCCUCUUUGGUUAUCGACGGCAUGGCAAUAUAUUCAUGGGAUUCCGUUGGAGGAGAUAAAGCAAGAGUGGUUCGACAUCAAUAACCCACCUUCGCAUGAUGCCAGUCAAUCCGAAGACUGCUUGUUAUUGGAUGUGAUGGUACCUACUACAAUCUUUGAUAAAGCUGUGAAGGAUGAGCCGUGCGAUGAUGAUCCUGGUGCUCCUGUCCUAGUUUGGAUUGAUGGUGGUGGUUUUACUGGAGGAUACAAGCAUGAAACUAAUCCAGCAGGAUUAAUUGAGAACUCAAUAGUUUUAGGAGAAGAGUUUGUCUAUGUUUCUAUAAACUACAGACUUGGUCUUUAUGGUUUCCUAGGUGGGCCACUCCUGAAAACGGAUGGGAAUGCAAAUGCAGGUCUGCUUGAUCAACGACUAGCAUUAGAGUGGAUCCAGGAGUUCAUUUACUUAUUUGGAGGUGACAGGAACCGAGUAACUAUCAUGGGCGAAUCGGCCGGAGGUGGAUCUAUACUACAUCAAAUAACUGCAUACGGUGGAAUGAGAGGUCCCCCGCCAUUUCAAAAAGCUAUUUUACAAAGUCCAGGUUUUCAACCAAAUCCAGGAAGUUAUGAACAAGAAAGAAUCUCAUAUUAUGUGUUGAAAUAUGCAAGCAGCUUUUCGAAUAGGUCGAUUGCAACUAUUGAUGAUUUACGAACCGUCGAUGCUCGGACAUUGGCUAAAGUCAAUGAUUUCAUCGUUGCAAACUCUCCUUAUGGUCUUUAUACAUUUGGUCCAACUGUUGAUGGAACCUUCGCACCAGCACUCCCUGGUCAGGUCUUAGCGGAUAAGAAUUUUCACACUUCUUUGGCAUUAAUGAUAGGGAGAAAUGAUCAAGAAGGUAUUCUAUUCACUUCACCCUACAUUUCAAGCCAAGCAGGUUAUAUCACCAAUCUCAAGUGGUUCUUUCCAAGGGCUCCUGAAUCGAUAAUUUAUGAUAUCCUAGCACUUUAUCCUGACCAAUUCAAUCGCAAAUACGGUUAUACGAAUGAGAUGUUGCGCGCAGCAGUUACUAGUGCCGAGUCCUGUUUUACAUGCAAUACUAGAUACUUGAAUGCCAAAGUCGGAAACAAAUCCUACGUUUAUUCAUUCAAUGUACCGCCAGCACUGCACGCACAAGAUGUCGGAUAUACAUUUUACAAUGGUCCUGGGAGUGUUACAUGGGAUGGGAAACCUGUAUUUGGAGGUGCGGCACUUUCUCUUCAAGAUUACAUUAUAAAUUUCGUGACUACUGGUACUCCGAAUGGGAGGAGGGUUCCUAAUUUUCCUCUAUAUGGCAGCGAGUCGAAUGUUUUGAGUAUCAACUCAUCGUUUCUGGGAACUAUUUCUGUUGAUACUUUGGUGAGGGGGCAAUGUGAAUGGUGGCAGAAAGCGCUUUACUAUUGAUCACAUUUGUCUUUUCCUUCAUUUAUGACGCACAACAGGAAUUUGAAUCUCGAGGCAUUCAGGCUGAAAAGCGGUUCAUAACUUAAUGAAGACCAUGUGGUACGAAACUGAAAGCUUGAGUUGUAUUGAUUAGAUGUUUCUUUAUUAUUGAUAAAUCAAGGUUAAUCACAAUCA